ACUACCCCACACAUGAAGUCUCAUCCGAUGGGUAGUGGUCCACCGGCCGCAAGCAAUCUCUUUUCUUUUCCACUGAUUUUUCCCAGGAAUUUUUGAUAAACUGUGUGUAUAUUAUUGCACUCAAUGGAACAGAUUCCAACUAGAUGCAAAAAAUAAACUUUUUGCAAUUGUUUUCGAAAGAAAAAUCAAAUAAAAAGAAAGUGAAAUGUAGUCUGGAGAUCAACCAAUCAACGAUAUAAAAACAAGAUCAAUUAUUUAAAGUGUUUCUUUCAAAUCGCGAAAGAAAUGUGCGAAUGUUUUUCAAGUUUCAUUAACCUAACAUUCGAAUAAAGUCAAAAAAUAAUAAAGUCAAAGGAAAAUCCUUGCUCAUUCAGAAUGAAAUUUUCUACGUUGAGGAAAAUACAGGACUGAUGAUCCAUGCGAGGAAAAACAGAACCACACAGGAUUGUUUAUCUUAUCCAUUCCGAUGAAUUCUUUUAAAGGAUGCUGAUGAAAGUAGCGAUUUAGUUCGCAAAAUUCGAGAGACAAAGGAAAAUGAAGAUGUUGAAACAAUUUAUCCUAAUUCUCGCGAUAGGUUUCUCCCUAGCAAAUCCCGAUGCGAAGAGGUUGUACGAUGAUUUACUGUCAAACUAUAAUCGACUAAUUAGACCCGUUUUAAAUAAUACAGACACCAUUGUCGUCAAACUUGGUUUACGACUAUCCCAACUUAUAGAUCUGAAUCUUAAGGAUCAGAUAUUGACUACCAACGUUUGGUUAGAACACGAAUGGCAGGACCAUAAAUUUCAAUGGGAUCCCUCAGAAUAUGGGGGGAUGACAGAAUUAUACGUUCCUAGCGAACAUAUAUGGUUACCAGAUAUUGUUCUUUACAAUAAUGCGGAUGGUGAAUACGGAAUUACGACAAUGACAAAAGCUGUCCUUCAUCAUACCGGAAAAGUAGUUUGGACGCCGCCAGCUAUUUUCAAAUCCUCUUGUGAAAUCGACGUCAGAUAUUUUCCCUUCGACCAGCAAAUUUGCUUCAUGAAAUUUGGAUCCUGGACUUAUGACGGCUUUCAAAUAGACUUGAAGCACAAAGAUUCACAAGAGGGCGAUGACAAAGUGGAUGUUGGAAUUGACUUGCGCGAAUAUUAUCCAAGUGUUGAAUGGGAUAUUCUCAAUGUGCCAGCAGAACGACAUGAAAAAUAUUAUUCCUGCUGUCUUGAGCCCUAUCCUGAUAUCUUUUUCAACAUUACUCUCCGAAGAAAAACUCUAUUUUACACAGUGAAUCUAAUUAUUCCCUGUGUCAGCAUCUCUUACCUUUCGGUGCUUGCCUUCUAUCUUCCAGCGGAUUCGGGAGAAAAAAUCGCACUCUGCAUCAACAUUCUUCUUUCGCAAACAAUGUUUUUCUUAUUGAUUUCCGAAAUCAUUCCCUCCACAUCUCUCGCACUGCCUUUACUCGGAAAAUAUCUUCUCUUCACUAUGAUUCUUGUGGGAUUUUCCGUGGUCAUCACUAUUAUUAUUUUGAAUGUACACUAUCGUAAACCAAGUACUCAUAAAAUGGCUCCUUGGGUGAGGAGAAUUUUUAUACGUCGAUUGCCCAAGUUACUGCUAAUGAGAGUACCCGAUGAUCUUCUCAACGACCUCGCAGCGCACAAAAUUUACGGACGUCGUUCUGGAAGUAAAAAAGAUAAAUUUAAGGAUGCAGUCUCGGCUGCUGUUCAAUCGUCAUCUAUUAUAUCCUCACCGGAUUCUGCUCGACAUGCAGGAAUUGGAGGUUGUAAUGGAUUGCACACAACAACGGUGCACAACAGAUUUCUAGUUGGUACCUUAGCUGGUUACAAUGGUCUUCCAACAGUGAUGUCAGGUUUAGAUGAAUCGAUGAGCGACGUGACACCACGAAAAAAAUAUCCCUUUGAAUUGGAGAAGGCUCUUCAUAAUGUCAUGUUUAUCCAGCAUCAUAUUCAAAGACAAGACGAAUUCAAUGCUGAAGAUCAGGAUUGGGGAUUUGUGGCAAUGGUAAUGGAUCGACUAUUUCUCUACAUUUUCACAAUUUGUUCUCUCUUGGGAACAGUUGCAAUUCUCGCCGAAGCACCAGCUCUUUACGACAACACUGAACCUAUUGAUAUGGAAUAUUCAUCUAUUGCUCAACAACAGCUAUUUCCAGGGAAAAUGUUAGAAAAACUGGCACAAUUACCUCGUUAAUUCUCAAUUUCAUUUUUUCCUCAUUUUUAAAUCUUUUUUCUUUUUUUUUAAAGAAAACUUUCAUACCAAAAGUCAAAAUUAGCGAAUUCAUCACAAAAUUUCUUCUUUUCUUUCUAUGAAACAAAAAAUCCGAAAUUCUAAAAGUCUUGUCUAAAGUCGCUUUCUAGAAUCCACUAUCAAAUUAUACAAGAAUCAACUUUUCAGCGUUAAUCGAGACAUAUAUCAAAUCUGAUCGAAUUUUAGCGAUUUAUAUUGAAAAUAAAUAGGCAGUCAAUUUUUUACAAGCUGCUCUGAGUGACAAUAACGAGGUAAUAAUAAUAAUAGUCAAGUAGUAAAAUUCUUUUUCCAAAAUAAAAAAAAAACACUCAACAGUUAAUUAGCUAAAUGGAAGAAAAAAAACUAGUUUUUAAAGAGUUGAAAGGUUUUCAGAAAUAAUAUUCCAAAAAGCUUUCUCCUUUUAAUAAAAAUGGAAAUAUACGUUUAUUGAAUAUGACGUUGAUAAAAGUUACAUCACAAAGUAAAUAAACGUUUUAAUCAAAAAGAUACCGCACAACAUUCGGUACUUUUGAGACUGAUGAAUUAAUCUAUAUAUAUAAUGAUAGAAAUACAUACAGAGAUAUAUUAAAAUAAGUAAUGUACCAUAAUAUUAUGGUAAAUUAUAUAUUAUACACUUCCUUAAAAUUCAUGACAUUUUAGGCGAUUGCACUCCAAAAAUAAAAUAAAAAAAAAAAAAAAAAA